UUAUAAUUAACAUUCAGAAAAUAUUCUCAUUUUUUUUUCUUCCUUUUUAAGACAUGACAAGGAAAAGUAUCGCCGAGGCACCGGAGUUGCUUUAUGGACGUUGGCAGCGUCUGAUCUCUGCGCUAUUACUCUUACAGCGAUACAGAAUCUCUUGUUUGUAACUCCGAUAACGUAUUACGGUGAUUCACGUCUCUGGCAUAUUUUUUGCAAGGCAAUGUUAUUUAGCACUCAUGCAUCUACGGGUAUAUCAAUCUGGUCUUGGUUACUUUUAUCAACUUUACGGUACCUUGCUGUACGGCAUCCGCUGUAUCACUUAAGAUUAUGGCGUAUGCCGUAUAGUGUUAUAGCUUUUGUUAUUUGUACAUCAGUUGGUGUCAACGGGUUUUUGUUAUUUACAAUUGUUGCAACGUUUACACGAGCACCAGCAGGUGGCACCUAUGUUGAAUGUAUGGAAGCACCAGUGAUUUCUCAAACCCUUAUAUUGUCUUUUCACGCACUCGAAAUUCUUUGGUCUUUUUGUUUACCGUUUGCUAUGAUUGUUUUUAUGGAUGCCUCUGUGGUCUUAAAAGGAGUAACUUCGCCUAAUCUGAUAUCCAACUUUAAGAGAAGAAAUCGAGCUUUACGAACUGUUAUUAUCAAUAUUAAAAGUGCUUCUAUUCAAAAACAUCACGCUCACGCUUUACGAAGUUGGCUUACGAUUGCAGUGAUAUGUAUAUUGCUGAAUACUCCGCAAAACUUUAUAAACUGUAUGAGAUUGUUACAAGCAUCUGUAUUUGAAACGUCGCUGUUGAACUACAUUGAAAUAACCUACAAUCCAUUCUUUCGUGCUUUUGAAAUUGUCGCUCAAGCUUUCUACUUCGGGCAAUUCGGAUUCAAUGCUGUUUACUUAGUGUUAUUUGUUUUUGACAAAUUAAUCAAGCCAAGAAGCGCGAAUAAAGAGCAGAUCUCAACAAACACUUCCCGAGCAAGUAAGUAUUUACAAAAUUAUAAACUUAAUCGUAAUAAAGAUGAAAAUGUCGGCUUACGCUAG